UCAGAGCUUUUUCUCCCCACUUUACUUUACACACUCCCUCUCUCCUCUCACUUUACUUUUCAGUUCUACUCCGUAGAUCAAAGUUCAAACCACCAAUUCCAGUUCCAGUUCCUGUUCAAGCUCAAAAAUCCCCAUUUUAAAAGCUUCAAGCUUUCUUCAAUGGUGAUCAUCACAGAGGAAGAGGAAGACCAACAACGACAAGAGCCGAAACGGUCAUUAGAGAUCAAACCAACCCAACCUUCAAAAUCAAAACCCACUUCUUCACCAACAGAAACACCAGUUGCACCACAAAAUGGUCAAAAUCCAUUCGCUUUCUGGUUCUACUUCACUCUUACAGUCUCUCUUGUGACCUUCUUCUUCAUUUCUCUCUCCUCUCUGUCCCCACAAGACCCAAAGUCUUGGUUUUUGAGCUUGCCCGCGUCUCUUCGCCAACACUACUCCAAGGGCCGCACUAUAAAGGUUCAGACUCACUCAAACCAGAACCCCGUUGAAGUUUUUUCUACUGAGCAAGGUCCUAUAACAGCAGAAAAUGUUGUUAUUGUUCAUGGGCUGGGUCUUAGCUCCUACUCUUUUCGCAAAGUUACUGAAUCUUUAGGCUCUAAAGGGGUUCGUGCGGUUGCGUUUGAUUUACCUGGAAAUGGGUUUUCGGAUAAAUCGGUGGUGGAGGUUGGAGAGGGACCAACUGGGAUUUUAGGGAGGUUUUGGUAUGUCUAUAGUGAAAUUCAAGAGAAGGGUUUGUUUUGGGCAUUUGAUGAGAUAAUUGAAACUGGCCAGAUUCCCUAUGAAGAAAUAGAAUCUCGGAUGCCAAAACAAAAGUUUGUAAAGCCAAUUGAAAUGGGUCCUGAUGAGAUUGGUAAGGUGUUGGGACAAGUGAUUGAGACUAUAGGUUUGGCUCCUGUGCAUUUGGUUUUGCAUGAUUCAGCUUUGGGGAUGCUUGCAAAUUGGGUUUUGGAGAAUUCGGAAGCCGUGAGGAGUGUGACGCUUAUUGAUACCUCAUCCAGAUCGACGGGUGCUUUGCCUUUGUGGGUUUUGGGAGUGCCAGUGGUUAGGGAGGUUGUGUUGAGGUUUUCAUAUGCUUAUACAUGGUUGAUUAAGCUGUGUUGCUCAAGGGGGAUUGAUGUUUUGGAAGUGGAUGCGCAUAGACUUCUUUUGAAGGGUAGGGAUGGGACAAAAGCAAUUGUUGGAAUGGGGAAGAAGUUAAAUCAUAGCUUUGAUAUAGCAGAGUGGGGUGGCUCGGAUGGACUGAUAGGUGUGCCGAUGCAAGUGCUUUGGUCUAGCAGUUGGUCCAAGGAAUGGAGCGAAGAGGGAAACCGAGUUGCAAGUGCACUUCCACAGGCAACUUUUGUCACCCAUUCUGGGGGACGGUGGCCUCAGGAGGACGCAGCUGAUGAGGUAGCUGAAAAUAUUGCUUAUUUUGUGUCCUCGCUGCCUGCAUCUGUCAGAAAGGUUGAGGAAGAGCCCAUCCCAGAGCAUAUUCAGAAGAUGUUUGAUGAAGCAAAAAGCGGUGAGCAUCAUGGUCAUGAUGAUGGGCAUGACCACCAUCAUGGUCAUGGCCAUGUUCAUGGCACUGGUUAUCCUGAUGCAUACGGUCUCGGCCACAGUCAUGGAUGGUGAAGUUGAUGAGUUUUAUUUUGUUUUAAAUAUUUUUUCCCAAGCCAGCAGUUGAUAUAGAAAUUAGAUUUUAGGCCCCCUUUUUCUCUGCCAUGGAUGCUCGGAAAUUCUUAUUUGCUGUACAAGAUGCCUUGAUGAAGGCGUUUGUUCUGCUGAAUCUUUGAAGCUGUGAUGUAUUGUAUUUUGUAUUCUAAAUUUAAGAAAAGAAGCUGGGUG